UAAAUUCACGGUUUGCGAAUUGCAUGAUUUGUGAUUGUAUUGGUGAUUUGUUGAAGGGACCAAAAUAAAUGCAGUGUGAAGGUAUUUUCUUCAUUUUCUUUUCUGUGAUAUAUUUCUAAGAAGUAAUAUCAGAAAGAGUAAUUGUCAAGAUAGAAUGAAUGCUGCCCUCUGAGAAUAUUCAGAGAUCAAGGGAGUUGAACGACGACCCAGUAGAAAGAUAUGAAUGCAGCAAAGAGAACGUCAACAAAAAAAGAAAGCGGCAAAAUAAUGUAAAGAACGGUAAUCGUGGACAAACUGAGCUCGAUCUUAUAGAUCUUUUACCAAGUAAGAGACGGAAUAUAGAAAUGGACGAGGAAAAUGUGGAUGAAGGAAAAAAUGCUGGAUUUGGGUCACCAGGCAGGAACUUCUCUGCGUUCACUAACAAUCACCUCAAUGAACGUUCGCCUCUUAACGCUAAAAUAACUGGUACCAAAAAACUUGUUGUAAAGAAUUUCAAAGCUAAGCCAAAGUUACCUGACAACUUUCAAGAUCUUACUUGGGGAAACUUAAAAGAAGCUAUACAUGCCAUUCACAAUAAAACUUCAAUAUCUUCAAGUUUAGAAGAUCUAUACAAAGCUGUUGAGAACAUGUGUUCACAUAAAAUGUCCACUGUUCUUUACGAACAAUUGAAAGAGGAAUGUGAGAAACACAUCAAGUCAAACUUGCCUUGUUUCACAGAUGAUUCUUUGGACUGUAAUCUAUAUCUGACAAGACUAAAUCAUUGUUGGGAAGAUCACUGUCAGCAAAUGAUAAUGAUACGAAGCAUUUUUUUAUCUUUGGAUCGAACUUAUGUUUUGCAAAAUCCAUCCAUUCUUUCAAUAUGGGAUAUGGGUCUUCAGCUUUUUCGUAUGCACAUUGUUGACAAUCAGAUUGUUGAGGAAAGGACCAUAGAAGGAUUGCUGUCAUUGAUAGAACAAGAAAGGAAUGGGGACGCAGUGGAUCGUAUAUUACUUAAAAGUCUGCUUCGCAUGCUUUCUGAUCUUCAGAUGUACCAUUCUUCAUUUGAAAAGAGAUUCAUAAAAGCGACGGACAUACUCUAUGCUGCUGAAGGAGACCGUUUAAUGCUAGAAACUGAAGUUCCAGAGUAUCUUGAACACGUACGCAGAAGACUUCAAGAAGAAAACGAACGUUUGCUCUACUAUUUGGAUCAUUCAACCAAAAAGCAGUUAAUACCAUGUGUAGAGAAGCAACUGCUGGGAAAGCACUCGCAAAACAUUCUACAGAAGGGAUUUGAGAAAUUGAUGGAUGGCAGUCGAAUGAAAUAUCUCACAUUAAUAUAUCAACUUUUUGGGAGAAUACGAAAAGGUCUAGAGGAUAUAUGUGUUGCAUUCAGUAAUUACAUAAAGAGAUGUGGCUUAGAAAUUGUUGUUACAGAGGAUCCAGAAAAAGAUAAAACGAUGGUUCAAGAUUUGCUUGAUUUUAAGGAGAAAUUAGAUAAAAUCAUCAAAGAAUCGUUUUUGGAACACGAGAAAUUUAAAAAUGCUAUGAAAGACAGUUUUGAAAAUUUUAUUAACAAGAGACCAAACAAACCAGCAGAACUCAUAGCUAAAUUUAUCGACAUAAAACUUCGAGUUGGCAACAAGGAAUCAACGGAAGACGAAUUAGAGAAACUUCUCGAUAGAAUAAUGGUUCUCUUUCGAUAUAUUCAAGGAAAAGAUGUUUUCGAAGCCUUUUACAAAAAAGACUUAGCGAAGCGUCUCCUUGUUGGUAAAAGUGCAUCAGUUGAUGCAGAGAAGUCUAUGCUUUCUAAAUUAAAACAAGAAUGUGGUGCGUUAUUUACUAUAAAACUGGAGGGUAUGUUCCGUGACAUGGAAUUAUCUAAAGAUGUGAUGGUGCAGUUUAAGCAGCAUUUGCAAAAUCAACAUCUACCAAGUAAUAUUGAUAUGGUAGUGAAUAUUUUGACGUUCGGGUUUUGGCCAACGUAUACUCCGGUAGAGAUUAAUCUACCUACUGAGAUGUUACGCUAUCAAGAAACAUUCAAGAAAUUUUACCUUGCCAAACAUAGUGGACGAAAACUUCUUUGGCAGAAUACGCUGGGACAUUGUGUACUAAAAACAGAAUUUUCGAAGGGCAAUACGAAAGAACUUCAAGUAUCUUUGUUUCAAGCACUUGUUCUUCUCUUGUUCAACGAUAGAAUUAAUAUUCCUUACGAAGAUAUCCGUAACGAAACUAGAAUAGAGGAUGGCGAACUUCGCAGAACGUUGCAGUCACUUGCUUGCGGAAAAGCCAGGGUUAUUCAAAAGUCACCCAAAGGCAAGGAUAUUGGUGAAGAUGAUACAUUCGCAUUCAAUUUUGACUUUAAACAUAAGUUAUUCCGUAUUAAGAUCAACCAGAUUCAAAUGAAAGAGACGCCCGAAGAAAACAUCAACACUACAGAGCGUGUUUUCCAAGACAGACAAUAUCAGAUCGACGCUGCUCUUGUGCGAAUAAUGAAAACAAGAAAAGUUCUAAGUCACAACUUACUUGUUGCUGAAGUUUACAAUCAGUUGAAGUUUCCUGUAAAGCCUACUGAUUUGAAGAAACGGAUUGAAAGUUUGAUCGAGCGUGAUUAUAUGGAAAGAGAUAAGGAUGUACAAAAUCAAUAUCAUUAUGUAGCAUAAUGCAUCUGACGUCCUCGCUCAUACAGAGUGUUGUCAGACUAUGGUAAAGAAUGAUUUCCUACAUCUUACGGCUUUACAGUUUCUUCAAAUUGUGUUAGAAGUUGCUUUAUUGUCAUAAAAAGCUGAAUUAUACUGUGAAAUGUGCAAUUCCUGCUCACCAAUAUCUGAAGGUGAUAAUAUCGCUCCAUAGGUCGUGUUUAGCGUGCGCCAUAAUCCUUACUUAGUGAGUUUAAGUUGUGCGUAUAUAGCUGUGACAAAUUAGAGCCAUGAUUUUAUUGAAAGAAGAAAGAAUUUGGUAUUUGCUAACUGAUACGUGGCAUGAUUACGAUGCUUCACCUACGAUCCUCGUUGGACUAUUGGUACAAAGAGAUGACCAUUAAAACGUGUUGUCUUGGGUGCAGUUGUGUUAUGGUGAAAAAAAUUUGCCAGUAAAAAUACGUGAAUUCAUGAGAAACCUCUCUCUUACCUAACUUGUAAGAUAGCUCUUGAUGAUGAUUUUAGAGAAUGAACAGACAUUGUAAGCUUUAUCCUUUUCUCUUAAAAGCUCUAACUGCAUGCAGUGUUCAGGUGCUCUCAUAAAAAAUAUUGUAAAAUAUACAAUGAGAAAGUAAGAAAUAAAAAUAUUGAUUAUUGAA